GUUCAGUCAGCUACCAGCCUCGAAGUUGAACUUUACCUCUCAAACAUACAACAGCAGCAUUCGGGAGCCUGAGUUCAGUUCCUAUGUCUAUUCAUGUUUAGACUAUCGCUACAGAAUGGACAGAGGAAGCUGGUCCUGAGGAGAAUCUGUGUGUUCCUGCUUGGAAGGCGUCUGCGAUCCUAUUUUUUAUUUUGACUUUGUCUUGUUGGCCAACUGCAAAACAACGUUUUACAUUUUUUAAUAAUAGACGACUACUGAGACAGCCAGCCCCUGUUCAAUACGGAAUACAAGGAUACAUUGUAACUGUCUGGGGAAGGAGAAAGAAUGGGGAGCCGGGGCCACUACCGGUACCACUGGCAGAGCCACAAUGUCAAGCAGAGUGGAGUGGACGACAUGGUGCUCCUCUCCAAGAUCAACGAGGACGCCAUUGUGGACAACCUCAAGAAGAGAUACAUGGACGACUACAUCUUUACUUACAUUGGCCCUGUGCUCAUCUCUGUUAACCCGUUCAAGCAGAUGCCAUACUUUGGGGACAAGGAAGUGGAGAUGUAUCAGGGCGCGGCCCAGUAUGAGAACCCACCUCACAUCUACGCCCUGGCAGACAACAUGUACAGAAACAUGAUGAUCGACAGGGAGAACCAGUGUGUCAUCAUCAGUGGAGAGAGUGGUGCAGGGAAGACGGUAGCAGCCAAAUACAUCAUGGGCUACAUCUCCAGAGUAUCUGGAGGAGGACCCAAAGUGCAGCACGUCAAAGACAUCAUCCUCCAGUCCAACCCCCUCCUGGAGGCCUUCGGGAACGCCAAGACAGUGAGGAACAACAACUCCAGCAGAUUUGGGAAAUACUUUGAGAUCCAGUUCAGCUCCGGCGGCGAGCCAGAUGGAGGGAAAAUCUCCAACUUCCUGUUGGAGAAAUCACGCGUCGUCAUGAGGAAUCCUGGAGAGAGGAGCUUCCAUAUAUUCUAUCAGUUGAUAGAGGGAGCCACUGGAGAACAGAAGAGCAGCCUCGGAAUCACAAGCCUGGAUUACUACAAUUACCUCAAUCAGUCUGGAUCCUACAAAGUGGAUGACAUCAACGACAAAAGUGAUUUUCAGGAAACUGUGCAUGCCAUGGAGGUGAUUGGCAUCUCAGGGGAGGACCGUGGCCUGGUGCUGCAGAUCGUAGCCGGAGUCCUGCACCUUGGGAACAUCAACUUCAGGGAAGCAGGGAACUACGCCGCUGUUGAGAGCGAGGAGUUCCUGGCCUUCCCUGCGUUUCUGCUGGGGAUUGACCAGAAGCGGCUGAAGGAGAAGUUGACCAGCAGGAAGAUGGACAGCAAGUGGGGCAGUUCUAUGGAGUCCAUCGAUGUGACACUGAAUGUGGAGCAGGCGUGUUACACACGGGACGCCCUGUCCAAGGCCCUGCACUCACGUGUUUUUGACUUCCUAGUAGAGUCCAUCAACAAAGCCAUCGUGAAGGUUCAUCAAGAGUUUAAUAUUGGUGUGUUGGAUAUCUAUGGAUUUGAAAUAUUCCAAAAAAAUGGCUUUGAGCAGUUCUGCAUCAACUUUGUGAAUGAGAAACUGCAACAGAUCUUCAUUGAGCUCACGCUUAAAGCUGAGCAGGAGGAGUAUGUACAAGAAGGCAUCCGGUGGACUCCUAUCGAAUACUUUAACAAUAAGAUUGUCUGUGAUCUCAUUGAGAGCAAACUGAACCCCCCUGGCAUCAUGAGUAUCCUGGAUGACGUGUGUGCCACCAUGCACGCGGUGGGCGAGGGGGCAGACCAGACCAUGCUGCAGAAGCUGAGGGUGGCCAUCAACUCCCAUGAACACUUCAACAGCUGGAACCAAGGCUUCAUCAUCCACCACUACGCUGGCAAGGUGUCCUACGACGCAGAGGGCUUCUGUGAGAGGAACCGCGAUGUCCUCUUCAGUGACCUCAUCGAGUUGAUGCAAAGCAGCGAAAUAGCUUUCAUCAGGGCCCUGUUUCCAGAUAACCUCAACGCCGAAAAGAAAGGCAGGCCAACAACAGCGGGCAGUAAAAUCAAGAAACAAGCGAAUGACCUGGUCCAGACACUGAUGAAGUGCACCCCUCACUACAUCCGCUGCAUCAAACCCAAUGAGACCAAGAAGCCCAAGGACUGGGAGGAGAGCCGGGUAAAGCACCAAGUGGAGUACCUGGGCCUGAAGGAGAACAUCAGGGUGAGGCGUGCUGGCUAUGCCUACCGCAGAGUCUUCAGGAAGUUCCUCAACAGGUAUGCCAUCCUGACUAAGGAGUCGUGGCCUACAUGGCGUGGAGAUGAGAAGCAGGGUGUUCUUCAUCUCCUACGUGCAGUCAACAUGGACCAGGACCAGUUCCAGCUUGGACGCACAAAGGUCUUCAUCAAAGCACCUGAGUCGCUCUUCCUGUUGGAGGAAACGAGGGAACGUAAGUUUGACAGCCACGCCAGGGCCAUCCAGAAAGCCUGGCGCAAGUAUGUGGCCCGUAAGAAAUACGUUCAGAUGAGGGAAGAAGCCUCUGACCUGCUGGUGAACAGGAAGGAGAGGAGGAGACACAGCCUCAACAGGAACUUUGUGGGGGACUACCUCGGUAUGGACGACAGGCCUGAGCUACGACAGUUCCUGGCCAAGAGGGAAAAGAUUGACUUCGCUGAUAAAGUCACAAAAUACGACCGUCGCUUCAAAGGCAUUAAGAGAGACUUGAUCCUGACCCCGAAGUGUAUGUACCUGAUUGGGAGAGAAAAGGUGAAGCAGGGCCCUGAGAAAGGUCAGGUGACUGAGGUGCUGAAGAGGCGGAUUGAUGUGGAGAAGAUCCUGGCUGUGUCUCUCAGCACGAUGCAGGACGACCUGCUGAUCCUGCAUGAGCAGGAGUAUGACAGCCUGCUGGAGUGUACCUUUAAGACCGAGUUCAUCAGCCUGCUGGCCCGCAGGUUCGAGGAGAGGACCCAGAGGAAGCUGCCGCUCAAGUUUGGCACCACACUGGAGCUGAAGCUGAAGAAGGAGAACUGGGGUUUCCUGAGUGGAGGCGGCUCCAGACAGGUGAUGUUUGUCCAGGGCCAGGGGGACGUGGCUGUCACAAAGCCCUCCAGUAAGACGCUGCAGGUCAGCAUUGGAGCCGGUCUGCCCAAGAACACACGUCCCACCAAGAAAAGCUUCACUCAGAGUCGCUCCAACGUGUCCAGAACCCAUCAGAACACUCCCACACGGGCUCCCCCUGGGCCUCCAGUUGCCCAUCAGAAUGGUGGUCUGAAAAACACCAACCACAUAGCCAAUCAGAGGAACGCCUCACAGCAUUCCAAUCAGAGGCCUCCGUCAACAGGCAAUGGGUCCUUCCCCUUCCUGCCCAACAACGUCAUUCUGAGGGAGAAAGGCAGCAGCCAUCCUAAGCCCAACCAGCCAAACCUGGACUGUCUGAAGGUCCCUGACCAGGGGGCGGCAGGUAACGGAGGCGCCCGGACAGCUUCGAAUGGAGGAAUUGUCCAAAGACAGUCGGUCAGUAGACCACCCCCAGGAGGGGGGCGACCCAAACCUGCCCCCAAACCCAAGCCCCAGGUGCCCCAGUGCAAAGCCCUUUAUGCCUAUGAUGCUCAGGACACAGAUGAGCUCAGCUUCAAUGCAGACGAUGUCAUCGACAUCAUCAAGGAAGAUGCUUCUGGCUGGUGGACGGGGAGGCUACGGGCAAAGCAAGGCCUGUUCCCCAACAAUUACGUCAGCAAGAUCUAGGAGCUGCAUGUCAAUCACCAGGAGAGAAGUACACACCUCUACAGACCGGAGAUAUCAAACAGAAGAGACAGACAUUUUCUCCACUCCUGCAUUGUAGCCUUCUUCUGGAUGUAACUUCCUGUUAUCCUGGACAGGCAAGAGGAGCGUCAGGCUUGCAAUGAAGUUCUAUUUUUAUGGGGAUCAGAGGACAAUACUUUUGUCCAGGGGCAAAUCGCUACGCAAUCCCUGUGAGCACUGAACAACUAUUUAUUGUAUUUAUAUAACUUUCUACAGUCUCCCUUCCCCUUUUUCACUUCACUAUGGUUUUAUGGUGAUAUUUUGGAUGCAUGAUAUGUGGAACCAGGUUGUAAUUACAUUUCGGAAAUGAAUGGUUUUAACAUGAGUUCGGGGUUGUUUCCAAGAAGCCACUGUCUCUGUUCAAUAUUGUUUUCAAUGGGGAUUUGUGCUGCUAAGAUGAAUUUACAGAUGGUAUUGGCAAAUUUUUACAUAAAAUGGACAUUAAUAGUUCAUUGCACUGUGAUUUUAUUAACUUGGGCAAUGCAUUUCCCUAGAAAAACAAUGAUCGAAUGUGUUUGCAUCCGUUUAGUUGACCAAGAAUUGGUUAUCAAACACAUUCGGGAAAAGGAAAUGCAGUGUGACAAAGGUUGUCUUCAGGAAUCCCCCUGCUCUUAUUUCCAAAAUCCAAGUGAUAUCCCCAGAACUCUAGGGCCACACUGUGCAUUGUCUGGUUUAUAAGUAGCUACAGGUACUAACUUGGACAGACUGGUAACUCCUGCCACAGCUAGUAAUCCUUGGAUAUUUUGAAAGAUUGCCAAACUAGAGGAUAAUUUGUUUACAUAGAUAUACUGUAUGUGCAUCUCGACAUUUAGGAAUUAAGUCAAUACUUUAAGUGUUUCACUGCAGGAUUUAAUUCAAAGUUCUCUGCUUUUGAUAUUGUAUUCCAUGUAGAUUUAAGUGCACAGUAUGGGUGAAUGGUGUUCUUUCAAAUUCCACUGACUUCACAUGCUUAUGGCACUGAACAAUAUUCUUUCUGGUUUCCAAUGUUUAUCACUGUGCAUAAUCAUUUAGGUCUGGAUUCAAUCCAUAAGCAUUGGAUGCUCUGAAAUAAUGGUAAAUUGAGCUGACAUGACGCAUUUACCAUGGUUGUCUAAUUGCCAAUCUUUAGCGCUAUGGAUUGAAGAGAGCCCUAAAAAAAGCUCUUGCAGAGUUGUAAUGUAGUGCAUCUGCAUCAAUGUUAAUGCUUUAACUGGCCUCUAUCCUAGCUGGUCAGAACUCCUUUCCUAAUUAUCGCCUGGUCCCAGAUGUUUGUAGCUUUGGCAACUUAAGUGUCGACAACUGUACAUGCAAACAGAUCUGUGACUAUGCUACAUUACAAGCUGCAACAUCCUGGUGCAGCUGUAUUCAGGAACACUGGGCUAUAAAUCCUGUAUGUAGGAUCAAGCUGUACUAAAGUUAAAUGUCUGAAUAAAAAUGGCAGGCCCAUAAAGUUAUACUUCUGUAGGUGGUGUUUUACCCAUCGAUACUAAUAAAAUUGUAACCACCA